AUGGCGAUCACAUCAAUUAGUUUUGGAACCAGAGCAAAAUCCUACAACGCAUAUUCCGAUGAGCAAAAGGAACUCUUCUUAUAUCUGCUUAGGUUCAAGUUUUUGAAGGCAAAACCUGCUGCUCAGCGGGCUGGAAUCAAUCCUAGAACAGCUCAAGGAUCGGUAAAGCGAAUGAACGAGGAACCAGAGUGGGAUAUCUACGGCAAGCUUACGAAUAAAGUCAAUCGUGCUGGAUCUCAGUUGCAAGAUGAACACAAGCAUUUCUUGCUGAUGCCCUCGCCGCAGCCUUCGAAGGCUUCAGUUUAA